AGAGAGAGAAGGAGAAUGGAGAACCAUCUCACUUGCGUUCGCGCCCUGCCUUGGCGGUUGCUUUCUCCGCGAGAUUCCUCCCCGCCCAUAUAAGCCACCGCCUGAGGCGCAAGAUGCCCACAAGGCACCGCACCAGCACCGGCAGAGGGAGAGUGGGAGUGGGAGUGGGAGUAAGCCACACUGCACGGCGCUGCCACUGAACGCCCCCUCCCUCGUUCGGUGGGAGACCGGGAGACAGGCUCAUCUUCUUCCUACAUCGAUCAUCCUCCCACGCAGCAAUGCCGCGCCGUCCGAGGGCUGCCCGCGGCGACGUCGGCAACGGCGGCGCUGCCGAGGACGUGAAGAUGGAGGACUUCGUGGAGUCGAUGCUCAACUUCGGCGGCGGCGGUGGCGAUGAGAGCGAGGACGGGGAGCAGCUGCCGCCGGCGGGGGAGGCGACGGGGUACAAGUCCAAGAACCUAGACGCCGAGAGGCGUAGGAGGAGCAGGCUCAACAGCAACAUCCUCGCGCUCAGGGCCGUCGUGCCCAACAUCACCAAGAUGAGCAAGGAGUCCACCCUGUCGGACGCAAUCGAUCACAUCAAGAAGCUCCAGAACGAGGUCCUUGAGCUGCAGACCCAGCUAGCAGACUCCCCCGGCGAGGCCCCGGAGAAGCAAGGCAGCGCGUCGUGUUCAGAAUCGUUCGCCCCCACGGACAGCAUCCAUUACCAGGGUCAGGUUGAGCUGAUACCUCUGGGUUCAUGCAAGUACAACCUCAAGAUAUUUUGGACCAAAAGGGCAGGCCUCUUCACCAAGGUGCUGGAGGCACUCUACAGCAACAAUGUGCAAGUGCUUAGCCUAAACACCAUCACCUUCUAUGGCUAUGCAGAGAGCUUCUUCUCCAUUGAGGUAAAGGGCGAGCAGGAUGCUGUGAUGGUGGAUCUAAGGAACAUCCUCUCCAGUAUUGUGGAGGUUCCAAGCAUUUGACUCUUUGAGGCACUUGCGGAUAAUAACUCACAGAACUCAUGUUAGAGAACACGUACUAUAUGAUUCUGUGGAAGCACCUUCUCUUGUUAGAAAAAAAAAAGAAGGGAACUC